CGGCCGCGCACUCUUUGCCCAGAGUCGACAACCCUAGCCUCCGUUCGGUCUCCAUGGUGACGCGGUCAGCUUCACCGGCUCCAGCCUAGGCCAGGCAAGUAUGGAAUUGAUGAUCAUUUCCCUCCCCCUCAUUUUUGCGACAGUUGCAGCGAAAGUCACGGCAGUUGGGUGUCAGCUGAUUUACUGCAGCGGCGGCGGUGGCGGCGGCGGCAACGGCGCCUUGCAGCCUCGGUGGGGACACGCCGGCUGGGCUCGGGUUGCGGUCCCCAAAGGUUUGCCUACGCUGAUUUGAGCACCCCACAUCCUCCCCACAGAACGUUCUCGCCUUGUCCGCCUUUGCUGGGGCACCCGCGGGCGGUGGGACAGACAACAUCGGGGCAUGAGAUGAAGCUGUGACAGGUUUGAAAACACAAUGGCAGGAAACAGCCUUGUCCUACCCAUUGUUCUUUGGGGUCGCAAAGCACCAACACAUUGCAUCUCAGCGGUACUUUUAACAGACGACGGGACCACGAUUGUAACUGGAUGCCAUGAUGGACAAAUAUGUCUCUGGGAUCUCUCAGUAGAAUUGGAAGUUAAUCCUCGAGCACUGUUGUUUGGUCACACAGCCUCAAUCACCUGUUUGUCUAAAGCUUGUGCUUCUACUGACAAACAGUAUAUUGUGAGUGCGUCUGAAAGUGGAGAGAUGUGUCUUUGGGAUGUGAAUGAUGGCAGAUGUAUUGAAUUUACAAAAUUAGCCUGCACACAUACAGGCAUACAGUUCUACCAGUUUUCUGUUGGAAAUCAGAAAGAAGGAAGGCUUCUGUGCCAUGGCCACUACCCUGAAAUCCUUGUUGUAGAUGCCACCAGCCUUGAGGUGUUAUACUCCUUAGUAUCAAAGAUCUCUCCAGACUGGAUUAGCUCCAUGAGUAUUAUUCGAUCCCAUCGAACACAAGAGGAUACUGUGGUAGCCCUUUCAGUGACGGGCAUCUUGAAAGUGUGGAUUGUCACCUCUGAAAUAAGUGGCAUGCAGGAUACUGAGCCAAUAUUUGAGGAGGAAUCCAAACCAAUUUAUUGUCAGAAUUGCCAAAGCAUUUCUUUUUGUGCAUUCACACAAAGAUCGCUUUUGGUUGUGUGCUCCAAAUAUUGGAGGGUAUUUGAUGCUGGAGAUUAUUCCUUGCUGUGUUCAGGUCCUAGUGAAAACGGACAGACGUGGACUGGAGGUGACUUUGUAUCAGCAGAUAAAGUAAUCAUUUGGACUGAAAAUGGACAAAGUUAUAUUUACAGACUACCUGCCAGUUGCCUUCCAGCUAGUGAUUCAUUCCGCAGUGAUGUAGGGAAAGCAGUUGAAAAUUUAAUUCCUCCCGUACAGCAUAGCCUCUUGGACCGAACAGAUAAAGAGUUACUAAUUUGUCCUCCGGUUACUCGGUUCUUCUACGGAUGCAGGGAACACAUCCAUAAACUCUUAAUUCAAGGUGAUUCUUCAGGAAGAUUGAAUAUUUGGAACAUAUCAGACACACCUGAUAAACAGGAAGAGCUGAAAAUGACAACCUCUAUUAGCUUGCAAGAAGCAUUUGAUAAACUGAAUCCUUGUCCUGCUGGAAUUAUAGAUCAGCUGAGCGUGAUUCCCAAUAGUAGUGAACCUCUUAAAGUCACCGCAAGCGUGUACAUCCCGGCUCACGGACGACUCGUCUGUGGCCGUGAGGACGGAAGCAUCAUUAUUGUGCCCGCCACCCAGACGGCCAUCGUGCAGCUGCUGCAAGGGGAACACAUGCUCCGCCGAGGUUGGCCACCUCACAGAACACUCCGUGGUCAUCGGAACAAAGUCACAUGUUUGCUAUAUCCUCAUCAGGUCUCAGCUCGUUAUGAUCAAAGAUACCUGAUAUCUGGAGGUGUGGAUUUUUCAGUCAUAAUUUGGGACAUAUUUUCUGGAGAAAUGAAGCACAUCUUCUGUGUGCAUGGUGGCGAGAUUACUCAACUUCUAGUUCCACCUGAAAACUGUAGUGCAAGAGUGCAGCACUGUAUCUGCUCUGUAGCCAGUGACCACUCAGUAGGACUCCUAAGUCUGCGAGAGAAAAAAUGCAUUAUGCUGGCAUCUCGUCAUCUGUUCCCCGUUCAAGUAAUCAAGUGGAGGCCUUCUGAUGAUUACCUAGUAGUGGGAUGUUCAGAUGGCUCGGUGUACGUCUGGCAAAUGGACACUGGCGCGUUGGAUCGCUGCGUGAUGGGGAUAACCGCCGUAGAGAUACUGAAUGCCUGUGAUGAAGCAGUUCCCGCUGCGGCUGACUCACUUAGUCACCCAGCCAUCAACCUCAAGCAGGCUAUGACCCGGCGUAGUCUUGCUGCUCUUAAAAACAUGGCCCAUCAUAAGCUCCAGACUCUUGCAACUAACCUCUUGGCUUCCGAGGCAUCUGACAAAGGGAAUUUACCUAAAUAUUCCCAUAACUCCCUGAUGGUUCAAGCAAUAAAGACAAACCUAACAGAUCCGGACAUACAUGUGCUUUUCUUUGAUGUGGAAGCGUUGAUUAUUCAACUCUUGACUGAAGAAGCCUCUAGGCCGAAUACCGCGCUUAUUUCCCCAGAGAAUUUGCAAAAAGCAUCUGGCAGUUCAGACAAAGGGGGCUCUUUUCUAACUGGAAAACGAGCAGCGGUUCUCUUCCAACAAGUGAAAGAAACCAUCAAAGAGAACAUAAAGGAACAUCUCCUUGAUGAUGAAGAGGAGGAUGAGGAGAUAAUGAGGCAGAGGAGGGAAGAAAGCGAUCCAGAAUACCGGGCCAGCAAAUCUAAGCCAUUGACCCUAUUAGAAUAUAAUUUAACAAUGGACACUGCAAAAUUGUUCAUGUCCUGUCUUCACGCCUGGGGUUUAAAUGAAGUUCUGGAUGAAGUUUGUCUUGAUCGCCUUGGAAUGCUGAAACCCCAUUGCACAGUAUCUUUUGGUCUCCUGUCUCGAGGAGGUCAUAUGUCAUUGAUGCUUCCUGGUUAUAAUCAGCCUGCUUGUAAACUAUCACAUGGGAAAGCGGAAGUAGGAAGGAAGCUGCCAGCAGCCGAGGGCGCAGGAAAGGGAACUUACGGAGUGUCCCGAGCCGUCACCACCCAGCAUCUACUGUCUAUCAUAUCUUUGGCAAAUACGUUAAUGAGUAUGACCAACGCAACGUUUAUUGGUGAUCAUAUGAAGAAGGGUCCUACCAGGCCACCUCGACCAAGCACCCCAGACCUUUCUAAGGCAAGGGGUUCCCCUCCAACUUCCAGUAAUAUUGUGCAAGGACAGAUUAAACAAGUUCCUGCUCCUGUCAUUUCCGCUCGGUCUGAUGCUGAUCACUCUGGCUCUGACCCUGCUUCCACUCCUGCUUUACAUACCUGUUUCUUAGUAAAUGAAGGAUGGAGUCAGUUGGCUGCUAUGCAUUGUGUUAUGCUGCCAGACCUGCUGGGAUUGGACAAGUUUAGGCCUCCACUUCUAGAGAUGCUGGCUCGGAGAUGGCAAGAUCGAUGCUUGGAGGUCAGAGAAGCCGCGCAGGCCCUGCUUCUAGCUGAACUGAGAAGAAUUGAGCAAGCGGGACGGAAGGAAGCCAUUGAUGCCUGGGCCCCGUACUUACCUCAGUAUAUGGACCAUGUCAUAUCACCUGGAGUCUCAGCAGAAGCCAUGCAGACUGUCAGCACUGCUCCUGAUGCCCUGGGGCCAGAAGCCAAAGUCCAGGAAGAAGAGCAUGACCUUGCAGAUGAUGACAUCACAACCGGUUGCUUAUCAAGUAUCCCACAAAUGAAAAAGAUUUCCACAUCUUAUGAGGAAAGACGGAAGCAAGCUACUGCUAUUGUUUUACUAGGAGUCAUAGGAGCUGAAUUUGGUGCUGAAAUUGAACCUCCCAAAUUGUUGACCAGACCGCGAAGCUCUAGCCAGAUUCCUGAGGGAUUUGGCUUGACUAGUGGUGGAUCCAACUACUCACUGGCCAGACACACUUGUAAGGCGCUGACAUUUCUACUGUUGCAGCCCCCGAGCCCCAAACUGCCCCCCCACAGCACGAUCCGAAGAACAGCCAUUGAUCUGAUUGGCCGUGGCUUCACAGUCUGGGAGCCUUACAUGGACGUGUCUGCAGUCCUCAUGGGGCUUCUCGAACUUUGUGCUGAUGCCGAGAAACAGCUCGCCAACAUCACAAUGGGGCUGCCUCUUAGCCCGGCUGCUGACUCCGCCCGCUCUGCGAGGCACGCCCUCUCGCUCAUUGCCACUGCCAGACCACCCGCCUUCAUCACAACUAUCGCCAAAGAGGUGCACAGACACACAGCUCUUGCAGCAAAUACCCAGUCACAGCAGAGCGUGCACACAACAGCUCUUGCACGAGCUAAAGGGGAAGUUCUGAGAGUCAUUGAGAUUCUUAUUGAAAAGAUGCCCACAGAUGUUGUGGAUCUUCUCGUAGAGGUUAUGGACAUCAUUAUGUACUGCCUUGAAGGAUCUUUAGUUAAAAAGAAAGGUCUUCAAGAAUGUUUCCCAGCCAUCUGCAGGUUCUACAUGGUCAGCUAUUAUGAGCGGAAUCACAGAAUAGCCGUUGGAGCUCGCCACGGUUCAGUGGCCCUGUACGACAUCCGGACUGGAAAAUGUCAGACGAUCCAUGGACACAAGGGACCAAUCACUGCAGUGGCCUUUGCUCCUGAUGGACGAUAUCUUGCCACCUACUCAAAUACGGACAGCCACAUUUCUUUCUGGCAGAUGAACACGUCGCUGCUGGGAAGCAUCGGCAUGCUGAACUCGGCCCCUCAGCUGCGCUGCAUCAAAACCUACCAGGUGCCGCCCGUGCAGCCCGCCUCGCCCGGCUCGCACAACGCCCUCCGCCUGGCCCGGCUCAUCUGGACGUCCAACCGCAACGUCAUCCUCAUGGCCCACGACGGGAAGGAACAUCGCUUCAUGGUCUAGCGCUGGGGGCCGCUGCCCUGACCGCAUCCGAGCCCUGUCCACUCUGGAGGCCGAGACUCCUCUGUCCUUACUCACCCGGAUCGUUCCUCAGUGCCUGCCACGCCGGUGUCACCCCGGGGCGCGGCCGAGGCUGUGUCACCUCCACACAGUCCUCGGGGGGCGGACCCCCCCGCCCGUGUCGUGUCCCCUGUGAUCCAGAGGCAUGCACACCCCGCCCUGCAGGAGCGGCCCUUGUGUGGACAUUAGGUCGUUUUCCCCCCUGGGGGGUGGGGGGUGCCCGCGGUCCCUAGGAGCACCCCUGUGGCUUGGUGCACCAGAAGUCUCCACAGAAGCACUGUGAUUGCAUUCCCAGCCCAGAUCAGCAUGUUCCUAGAGCUAAACCCCACCUUGAAGUGCUGCUUGACCCUGGUCGUUUGACAUUGGGUUUUGACGUAACGUGGCAGUCCUAAUUAGCGAAGUUAUUUCCCUUUGGAUUUCCUAAAAUACAUUGUUUACCAAAAAGAUUCUGUGUUUACAUGGUUGGGUGUUUUUUUUUUCUUUUUUUUUGCCCCAUGAUUGCUAGGAAGCUCUUCAAUCCAGUUUCCUAGGGUUUAACCCCUUGCUUCUUGAUUAACACCUAACAGAUUUGAGAUCAUUGAGAAAAUAUAUUUAAAAAAAGAAAAUACAGAAAAAAAAAGUUUCCCAGACAGCCUUCUAAAAUGCCCAUAUCCUGCUUAAUAAUAUAUUUAGUAGUUUAAAAUAAAAAUCAUCACUAUUUAUGAUCUAGUUAAUAUAAUUAUCCAGUCACUAUAAUCUCUUAAAUGGACUUUUAUAAUAAAGAAUCGAGUUUGGAAGCAUAGCAUAUACCUAAAUAAGAAGUCCCUUGUGUCUGUUACUAGAGGUCCUUUCAAGAAAGACCUUACCCCUUCCCUCCAGAAACCUUACAGACCCACAGUUCCCAUGCCUACGACCUACGUCAGUUAUCAUGUAAUAGUUACAAUUCAGCCUUUGAACUGAUCAAUUAAAGGAAAACUAAGACAGCAUUUCUUUUACACAAGUAUCCUAGAAAAAUGGUACCCAAGACAUAAGCAUUCAGGAGUAUGUAGAAAAUGUGAGGGCUCUCAAAUAAUUUGAGCAAACAUUGCAAUGAGAGUGUUCAUUACACUUCCAAGUAAGCUUUAAGUGGGUUGCUCUCUUCUUAUGUCAAAUUAUGCUGAUUCUCAGUAAUGGAAAAAAAAAUCCACAAAAUAAUAUUUUGUAUGAAUUGCUCCUAACAAAUCUUGAUCUGUACAUAGCUGGGGAUUUGGUUGUUUGGUUGGUUGUUGAUUGGUUGGUUAGGUGGGCACAAUGGUUUAUUAAGUGCAAACACAGAAAAUGAUUUAUUCACAGAAAAGAUGCGAAGUUUACAGAGGAACCAAAAUGAUAAUGGGAGCAUUUAAUUGGAAAAGCGUAUAUUGUCAGAGUUUAUGUAACCUAGGGGGAAAACAAAAGGAUCACAGUCCAGGAACAGAUACAUCUGUUACUGAAACAGAUUUUUAAAGAACAUGUUAAGAAAUUAAGACCACCGGAACGUCUCUUUCCUAUUGAUACGAAGUACGUUAUUUCCAUUGGUGGCAAACCUCUCCUGUUCGUUGGUUUUAGACUUUGGGUGUUCUUUCAAAAGUGAAUUUAUGCCACAUGCAUGUACAUUGUAUUUAUAAAGAUUAUAUAUGUAGUUUCCAAGGAAGAAACAAAGAACUAUAUACAGCGUAGGCUCUAUUUGUCUGGUGAAUAUGCUGUUGUGUUCGAUAUAGAUAGAGAAACCUGAGGUAAACAAAAGGGGCACAUGGUUUUUCCAGCGGGCUCCUGAGUCUUCUCGAUACCCAGCACGUGUUUACUUGGUAAACUUAAAUAGGGACUAAUUUAUUCUAGACUACAAAGUUGUUUUGGAAUGAUGAAGUAAAAGUAUAGAGAGAUUUGUAAAACAAAAUGCACUGGGGAAAAGAUGUGAGAUGGUAGGCAGGCCACCAAAUACACGAUGGACCGCUCCGCAGAAAUCUGGAACAAAGCAGAGCCGUGAGGGCCUGGGGUAAAAACAAUCUGGGCAGUGAGCAUGGGCCAGCCUGUCCCACAUUCUGCCUGCAAGGACAGCCAACAUCAUUGGCCAGUAGAACAUCACUCUUACAAAACUUGGGUGGAUGAUGUUGGAUGGCUCGACAUCUCUAACUGCUGAGUGAAUAUUUGCAUUCUUGUUAACACAGAUCUCCCCUUGGCUAUUUUGACAACUCUAGUCCCAGAUUUCAUCACAGCUUAGACUUCUCAGCACCGAGGUAAACUUUGUAUCGUCAUCCCAGUGUAUGCUUUUUAGUGUUGUAUUGAUUUCGGUGGCACUGUAUUUGGACCCAUCCUUGUACGUGUGGAGACAUACGUGGCUUCACUGGUAGUUUAAAAUGCAGUGAUUGAACUGUGUACAGCGAGUGAAUUAAAAUGUCUGCCUCUCAAGACAUUGCCACUUAAUAGAUCCUAUAUGUGCUGAACGCCCCUGUGUACAUAUGUGUGUUAAAUAAAACUGAAUUGUACUGAA